GGGGGGGGGAAUACACUUCGAAGGAAAACUAAUAAAUAAAUCGCCUUUUUCUUCGUUUCUUCGGAUAUUCCACUGCCUUUCGAUUUACAUCAAAACAUUUUGAACAAUUUUUUAUGUUCUUCCCCUUCAAAAACCCUAACCAAACUUUAUUAUCUGAUCAAAAUUCUAUCUUUUGUUCCUCACUUUCAAUUAAAUCUUUCGAUAAUUCAAUCAAAACUAACCAUGAAAGAAACGAAAUCAGUUAAAUUGAACGCGCUGCAACUUCAGCUACACGAAACUGAUCAUUUCUAUCCGUUCAAAUUCGCCAAGUUAUUAGAUCCGGAAGCUUCUUGGGACAAAGAUCAAUUAGGAGAUGUAUUGCAUUGGAUUCGACAAGUCGUAGCUCUUUUUUGUGGGUUAUUAUGGGGGGCAAUCCCUGUGGUUGGAGGCAUUUGGAUCUUCAUUUUUCUAGCCAUAUCCACCGCAAUCAUAUAUGGUUAUUAUGCUAUGAUACUAAAGAUUGUCGAAGAAGAUUUUGGUGGUCAUGCAUCUCUUCUUCAAGAAGGGUUAUUUGCAUCAAUAACUCUCUUUUUGUUGGCGUGGGUUCUGGUAUAUAGCUUGGCCCACUUCUGAUAUGCUUUGUAUCAUCAACUGGCUACCCCGGUGUCUCUACAACACAUUUCAAGGAUUUGAUUCUGCUAGAUGAGGAACCAUUCAUUAUUCCUAGAAAACAAUCAGAAACUCACUUGAGAAAUGCCAGUAGGUAUUGCUUUUUACGUUUAGUUGCGCAAACAUUUCGAAAUUUGAAAUCAUGAAGAUAGUUAUUUUUUUGUGAGAAAAAAAAUUGUUCAUGCAUGUUUGAUUUCAGUGUUACACCAUGAGUGUCCCUCAGAAUGUUUUUGCUUAAAAUAAUCCAUUUCCAGCCAA